AUGUACAAACACUUUUUCUCGCAUGUUGACAUCCCACCCCAGAAUAUCAAUAUUCUUGAUGGAAACGCCCCAGAUCUUGCUGCGGAGUGUACCUCUUUCGAGGCGCGAAUUGCGCGUUACGGUGGUAUUGAACUUUUCCUUGGUGGCGUUGGCCCCGAUGGUCACAUUGCAUUCAACGAACCAGGAUCCUCGCUGAGCAGUCGUACUCGUGUUAAGACUUUGGCCUACGACACAAUACUAGCCAAUUCCAGGUUUUUCAAUAAUGAUGUUGACAAGGUUCCUCAAAAGGCUUUGACUGUGGGCAUCCAGACCAUAAUGGAGGCUAGAGAGGUCGUUAUUGUUGCAACUGGUGCUCACAAGGCGUUGGCACUGGAGAAGGGUCUCGAAGGUGGCGUGAACCAUAUGUGGACGCUCUCGGCACUGCAACUGCAUCAGCACCCGCUCAUUGUAUGUGAUCGUGAUGCAACCCUGGAGCUCAAAGUGAAGACCGUCAGGUACUUUGAGUCUAUUGAGCGCGCCGGGACAGAUGCACGUACACAAGGCCCACCUUUAGUGUAUCGACCGAAAACAUACAUGCCCGCUCCAAUUGGUGUCAGCAAAUCUCCGCAGCAGCCUACACCGGCAUCUACACCAACGAAGGUGCCCAAGGAUUUGAGAAUCAACACAGAGCUUAGUCAAUCGAUAGAAGAAGAUGAACUAACGCCGGAUAGCAUGUCUUCCCGGAUGGUCGACUCUGCUAUUGGUGGGUUGGACUCGACCUUGAAAGGCGAGUUAAUGUUUGACCGAAUGGGUGCCAGAGUUGUGUCGUAA